CAUAGAGUCACCAGUCCUCAAUCCGCGUCAUUUGUCAACAUCCCAAUAGCACUGACACAGACAUAGAUACCUCCGCUACCCACGAAGUUAUAUCAUGCCAACCUCUCUUCCAUUUACUCCGGUAACCUACCUACUUGCUCCCUGGUGUUCAGCACGAACGGUAGGUAGCUAAAAGUGACCGUCAUCAUGGCCACCCCCAACUUGUACACACCCGAGCAAAUCUCCGCCCUCCGAUCCCUGCGCCACCGCCUCAGCUCCGCAAAAUACAACUGGGAAGUUCGGCAGCUGUUGAAGAAUACAGCUAGCGCCACAGGGCUUAAGCAAGUACAGCUGGUACAGUGGCAGGAUGGGGAUAACAAUAGAAAGAAUCUGCUGCAUUAUUUGGUGGAUGAGAGGAUUGAAAAAGUAGCAAUCCUCCUCAUCAAAGUCUUCUGGGACCGGAAGGAAGAAGACCAGCGGCAGCUCAUGCGCAUCAUCCGGUACCCAAAGUGCUACAUCGACAGUCCUCAAGGGGAAGGUAAUGGGGAAUAUACGGUUGAGCGUCUCGCGGAAGGAAGAAACUGUGAGCAAUUGGUGGAUAUGAUCACCCGGUUUCGCGAGCUGUAUCCCGCUCGAGGAGAUGUGGGAGAGGAAGAGGAAGAAGUCGAAGAAGAGGAGGAGAGAGCAAGGGAGACAGAACGUAUGGUUAAACACCAACGAAUAAGCACCCCUAUACCUAGAACUCCUUCUCCUUCUCCUUCGUCAACGUCAACUGGUUCUCAUCCAUUGGUAGCCGCUAACUUUUCUCCACUGCAUGUGGUCAAGAAGACUCCUCGUCUUGCUGCGCGGCAAGCUAGUACGCCUCCUACAUUACCUCUACCUGGUACUCCUUCUCUACCUAGUACUCCUCUACAGGUAUUCAGUAGCCCUCCUGUACAGAUACGAACUCUUCAACCUGGUACUCACGGGCAUCAACCUACACCAGGAGCACCCGCCACUCCACUUUGGUAUCCUCCCUCAGAUCCAGAGCCAGAGCCAGAGCCAGAGCCAGAGCCAGAGCUAGAUCUAGAGUGGGAAGAACAAAGAGCAAGGGAGGAUCAACUGCUUCCGGGUACUCCUGUGCCUGUACGGUCGUCACCACCUGAACCUGACACUCCAGUUCGUCUUCUAGUACCUACCUGCCUGCCAACUUCCUCCCGUCUCUCCUUUAUGGGAUCCAUUGGUUCAUGA